AAAUUUUUCAUUCCAAGAACAACUUUGAAACCGUUAACUCUACUGAAAUCGUAAGCAAUGGCUCGUACCAAGCAGACCGCUCGUAAAUCCACCGGAGGAAAGGCUCCUCGCAAACAGUUGGCCACUAAAGCUGCUCGUAAAAGUGCUCCAGCUACCGGAGGAGUCAAGAAGCCACAUCGUUAUCGGCCAGGAACCGUCGCUCUGCGUGAAAUUCGUCGGUACCAAAAGUCGACUGAAUUGUUGAUCCGUAAGCUUCCAUUCCAACGUUUGGUUCGUGAGAUUGCUCAGGAUUUUAAGACCGAUCUUCGCUUCCAGAGCUCGGCUGUUAUGGCUCUGCAGGAAGCAAGUGAAGCUUAUCUGGUCGGAUUAUUCGAAGAUACCAAUCUGUGUGCCAUUCAUGCCAAACGAGUGACCAUUAUGCCGAAAGACAUCCAAUUGGCUCGUCGUAUUCGUGGAGAACCUACUGAAGUCGUUACCGCAGCAUCGGUUGCCGCAUCUCCAGCCAAGACACCGAAAAAGGCUCGUGCUCCUAAAGGAGAGGGUAAGAAACCGAAAAAGCCAGCCACUCAUCCACCAGUGAAUGAAAUGGUUUUAGCCGCCAUCAAGACUUUGAAGGAACGUAAUGGAUCAUCUCUUCAGGCCAUCAAGAAGUAUAUCGGUGCCAAUUACAAGUGCGACGUUGCUAAACUCUCAACUUUCAUCAAGAAAUCUCUGAAGAGUGGUGUUGAGAAAGGUAGUCUUGUGCAAACCAAAGGAAGUGGAGCAUCGGGGUCCUUUAAAAUUAAAUCUAAGGACAAGACACCUGCGGGCGAGAAGAAACCAAAGAAAACUGCGGCUGGGAAGAAGCCUUCAGGGGAAAAGAAAGUUGCCAAAAAGGCAGCCACUCCCAAAACUGCUGCCGUCAAAAAGCCUAAGGCAGCACCAGCAAAGAAAGCGGUUGAGAAGAAGGCUAAAGCAGCCGUCGCCAAAGUUGCCAAAAAGGCUGGAACCGUGAAAAAAGCGGCCGCUCCCAAACAGAAAGCAACCAAACCAUCGAAAACAGCGGCGAAGAAGCCUAAAACUCCAAAACCGAAAAAGGCUGCACCGGCUAAGAAACCCGCUCCGAAGAAAGCCGCCGCCAAGAAGACUACAAACACAUUGAAUCGAAAGACAAUGGCUCGUACCAAGCAGACCGCUCGUAAAUCCACCGGAGGAAAGGCUCCUCGCAAACAGUUGGCCACUAAAGCUGCUCGUAAAAGUGCUCCAGCUACCGGAGGAGUCAAGAAGCCACAUCGUUAUCGGCCAGGAACCGUCGCUCUGCGUGAAAUUCGUCGGUACCAAAAGUCGACUGAAUUGUUGAUCCGUAAGCUUCCAUUCCAACGUUUGGUUCGUGAGAUUGCUCAGGAUUUUAAGACCGAUCUUCGCUUCCAGAGCUCGGCUGUUAUGGCUCUGCAGGAAGCAAGUGAAGCUUAUCUGGUCGGAUUAUUCGAAGAUACCAAUCUGUGUGCCAUUCAUGCCAAACGAGUGACCAUUAUGCCGAAAGACAUCCAAUUGGCUCGUCGUAUUCGUGGAGAACGCGCCUAAGUCUGACCUAUCUGACCUCAUUCU